GCAUCACUUUAAUUUUUGCAACGUCUACUUUCCAGAGGCGGUAGUGUGCUGUGACUCUCUGCAAAAUCCAAUCGCAACGCACAGACAUAUCAGCAUCCGACCACGGAAGGACCCACAUAUGUUUCAGCAAUCAUGCAAGAGCAAUGCCAGCAAUGCCAUUACGUGCACACCUUUAAAAACUUGCUCCCAACUCGUCAUGUAGCCAGCUUUACGGGGUUCAAAUAAGAGACCACUCCUAUCAAUAGCAAUAAUAUCCGUCGCUUCCAUUGCGCUGAGGAAAACAUCACACUGGAAGAGAACAUGUCUCGUUCCUACGUGUUCUUCCUCUCCUUGUGGAGCUCUGUCAUUGGAGUCGGACGCGGCUGUCCUGAACUAUGCAACUGCUCCGACAAAUACGGACGCCACUUCGCUGAAUGCUCCUACAAAGACUUGGUUGACAUCCCUGAAAGGUUGCCCCCCAACGUGACCACUCUGAGUCUCACCGCCAACAAAAUAUCUUUGGUGGAGUCGGGCAGCUUCGACAAUGUGACCCAAGUCACGUCCUUAUGGAUGGCCCAUAACGAGAUAGUCACCAUCGAACCGGGCACCCUGGCUCCCCUGGUCCAGCUGAGGAACUUUGACGUCAGUCACAACAAGAUGGUGGACUUCCCUUGGGAGGAUCUCCGUCACCUCACAGCCCUGCAGCUGCUGAAGAUGGACCACAAUGAGAUGGUCAGUCUGCCUAAAGACUCCUUCUCUAACCUCAAGGACCUGAGGUCUCUCCGCCUCAACAACAACAGGUUCACCACUAUAACGCAGGGGACGUUCGACAGCCUGACCUCCCUGUCUCAUCUACAGCUCUAUAACAACCCAUUCACAUGCCACUGCAGGAUGGACUGGCUGAGGGACUGGAUUCUAAACGCCACCAUAUCGGUUCCAGAACAGAACUCCAUUGUCUGUGAAACUCCACAGCAGUUGAGAGGAGUGGAGAUCGUGAAACUGUCUGAGUCAAAGUGCAUGGCCCCUAAUGUUAGCAUAACGGCUGAGCCUAACGUUGAGAUUACCACACUCUAUGAAGGCACAGUGUUGAUCCUGAACUGUGAGAUCAAAGGGAACCCAAAGCCAGAGGUUAUCUGGAAAAUCCACACAAACCGUCAAAGUGUAGAGUACCCUCUGUCCACCAAAGAGAAAGAAUCAGCAGAAUCCAAUGAAUCUAACGAGGAUUCUAGAACGACAGACAUUCCAUUUGAAAUGUUCCAUAACGGCACUCUAGUCAUACCGCGCCUUAGUAAAAAGGACAAUGGCAACUACAGCUGUUCCGCAACCAAUGAGUUUGGUAAAGAUGACGAUUCACUAUCAAUAGUAGUGGUAGUACCAAAACCACCACCACCUCAACCUGUUGGAAAAGUGAUUGGCCCACCAGUUAUUAUUAAUGGGGAGAAAAUCCCCUCAGUACUUCAACCUGUGAUCAAAACCUCCAUUAAUAACCCUUUUAAACCAUUCAAUAUUCCCCAUUUGGAGGGAAAGUACAAUAUCUUCCCAACCCUUCCUCCCAUUGAAGUUGACACUGAGCGUACGGAGCAAGUGCUCAAAUAUCCAUCCCGUGCAACUAGCAAAUGUACCUUGACCAGUGAGACACAGUACAUCUCCAACCAGGCCUUCAAUAUAAGCCUGGAAGAUGUCAGGCAGUAUACCUUUGACUUUGGAGUCAUAGCCAUAGGGGUGUCAGAGACCGAGGCUAAAGUUCGACUCAAUCCUCUCCUCCUUCCUAAAGACGACACAGACAUCCGUCUCAGCGCCUCAGAAGGGUUCCAUUCCAUCAACAAAGAGCCUUCCAACCAAUCAGAGGUAACCAGGAGAGCCCGGGCGGACUCAGGGCUGUAUCUGUGUGUCACCUCAGACCACAGACACUCAGCCAUCCAGUGGUCCAGGAUGGAAGAUGGCAUCAACACCUAUCUGUUCCAGGACCUACGCCCCGGCGCCAACUACUCCCUCUGUCUCACCUACAGAGGAGAGGACUGUGAGGUACAGGUCCUCUUCACCACCAGGAAGAGAGUUCCUAAUCUGUUAAUCAUUAUAGUCGUCAGUAUCUGUCUCCUCACCGUCUCCACCGUGCCUCUGCUGGGGGCCACCUGCUUCCACCUGGUCUACAAAUACAGGAACAAGACCUACAAGCUCAUCAUGAAGGCUAAAGACCACCAGCAUCACAUGGAGAGGAACCUCGUGGUCAACUUCAACCUGAGGAACUCAUACGCCGAGUCGCAGACGCAGAUAACAGCCAGCGAGACGGGGGAGGGAGAGGACGGGGAGUCGGAGAGUGGGGGGGACAGAGAGGAGGACGUGGAGGGGAGCGGGGUGACCGAGUCGUUCACUCUGUCUCAGUACAGAGUGAAUCUGGAUGAGUGUGAGAUGGGGUCAGAGUUCAGCGAUAGGUUACCACUAGGGGCGGAGGCUGUUAAUAUCUCUGGGCAGUACAAAGAGCCACACCACUGAUCCUGUUGUUGUUGUUAGUACUUGAUAGAUCGUCUUGACUAGACAGGUUCUAGUCAUCUUCAGUCAUGAUCACAUGUAAUGUAAGUCUCACAGUAACUGUUUAUCGUUCCAUGAGAGAAGAACCUGUGACCCGUCAUUUUUCAAAAUGGCUGCCGUAUCAAUGACCUGGAUACAGUGUAGACAAAGUCCUAGGUGCUUCCUCUGUUGAAAGGAAAAGUAAAGAAGGUAGUUUAUGUACACUGUGAAGAUUAUGUCAAAGAAAAAACCCCGUCCCUGUAGUAAAAUAUUUAAGCCUAUUCUAAAAAUAGACCUCUCCGGUGUGCUCUUAACAGUGACGUUUCCUGAGACCUGUGACAGUUAUUCAGUGUCGUCUGUCACAGGCAAGAAAGCAAAAAGCUUUGUAACUGUAUCUACAAUGUCUCUUCUUAAAGUAACAGAUGCACUUAUGAAUGUCUAUGUUAAUCUAUUGUAGACUAUCAAUGCUAUUUUCAAUCUAGAGUGAAUGUCUAUGUUAAUCUAUUGUAGACUGUCAAUGCUAUUUUCAAUCUAGAGUGAAUGUCUAUGUUAAUCUAUUGUAGGCUAUCAAUGCUAUUUUCUAUCUAGAGUGAAUGUCUAUGUUAAUCUAUUGUAGACUAUCAAUGCUAUUUUCUAUCUCGAGUGAACGUCCGCUUCACUGUUGCCAACAAACCCUUAUUAAGCUGUGUGUCACAA